AUGCCCCUGUACGCCCCGCUUGGUAUAAGGUUCUCAGAUGACGUAAAUGAGCGAGCGCGCCUCGAGCGGCAACGCAUUGCGCGUCUCAAUAACAUCCUCCGUCACGGAAGCGACGAGCAGCGCCGCCAAGCGCUGAAGAUGAAGCCACUUCCACUUCCCGGGGACCCUGAAGCCUUGGCGGUGUCUGGCACUGCCGUUCUCGACCUGCCUGGUGACGCGGACGAAUGCCUUGACCCACACAACGAAACUGGCGUCUUCGAUCCGCUAGACGCGGUGGCGCAGCGCUACGGUGGCGCUCAAUACAACGAUGAUGACAGGCGCGCCGCGGAACGGGGUGUCGACUACUCCGUCUUCAUGGAGGUGUUAUGCCCAAACGGGUCUUCGCUGCUGGAGUCCCUCCCCCUAGAACCUCGCACCCCGCCUCAGCAUCUCAAAGGCUUGAGAGGCGAAUCUAAGAUAUCCCAGUUUGAAUCUGCUCUGUCGUCGCCGCGGUGUGGGCUGCGUACUCGCCUGCCAUCCACUGCCGUAGCGGCUGCAAUGCCGGAAGCAUCGCUCUCACUCGGGCAUAAUGCCUUCGUCGCGCGCGGGCCCCCUUCGGCCUCUUUUGUCAACACCUCCACCGUAUCUGAGGCCUCGGUGCAGUCGGGUUUAGACGAGACCUACGUUGAUGCCCCCGUCACCCUCGGCAGCGAGGCUGCUUCGCUGCGCGCUUCUUCUGCUGAGAACGGCUUUGCGACCUCGACGCAUGGCGUCGCCGAUCCUGCCAGCGACGCUGCACGUGCAACUGCUGCCACACACGCUGAGGACGACGACACCACCCCGGGCGUAUUUGUGAGUGCCGGCUCCUUCUCCCUUGCCGCAUCCCACCGCAGUAGUCGCUGGCACUCACUGCUGUCCUUCCGCCGGAGUCCGUCCGGCUCGAGCAAGGCAUCCCACACGGACUCUGGCCACCGCAACGCCAGAGGUGUUGCCCACCUCAGCCUCACCCGCUCUCUCAGCCAAAGAGCCCUGAAAAGCUCCUCGGAGCUGUCCUUGCCCACCUCUGGUGCCACCAGUGCGCAGCUGACCCCUCUGGCAGCUACCGACGGCUGUGACCUUGGUGGUCGCGUAAUCUUCACGGACCGGUUUGUCAAGGCGCAGUCCCACACGGCGCUGCCAACCAUGAUUUCCGCCUUCAAGCAGUACAUGCGCUCCGCCUCCUCCACGGCAGCGUGUUCGUCCCCUGCGCACAGUCAGACACUGGACAUCUAUACUCCGUCCGAGCACUGGUCCUUCCUGCAGCACCAGCAACUGCAGAAUGCUCAUCAGUACCUCGGCCCUUGCCAUCGUGGAAUUCCGCUCAAGAGCGACAACACCAACAAAGAGAUCGAGAACUGCGUCCUCGAGGCGGGUCAGUGCAUUCGGCCGACUUUUCGCCGUAUGGACCCUGCCGAACUCUACGGCACCAGUCACUACAUCUCCAGCGCCUUCAUCAAGGUGACAAAGCAGUCGACCAACAUCUAA